UAUUUACUUAUUUAUAUAAACUCGCAGUCUUUCAUUUCUUACGAACAUUUUUUGUUAUUGUAGCUUUAAAUUUUAAGUGUUUAGACCGUUUAGACUUUCUUAAAAUCUGCUGGUCGCUUACUAACAUGAACCUAAUUCCGGAACACAUUAACUUCGACGAAAUCUGCCGGAGUUGUAUGACCAAGAAGGAUCGCAUGCGGCCUCUGUUCGGUUCCAGUUUGGAUUCGAUGCUGAUGACAGUGGCAAAUGUUUCGGUCUCUCUCAACGAUGGUUACCCCGCCCAGAUGUGUGUUCAGUGUGUGCUGCAGGUCAGCAGAGCUUUCACAUUCAAGAAACAAUGCGAGAAAACUGAUACAACUUUGAAGGAGUAUCUUAGCCGAAUUCUCCAGGAGCCGGCGGGCACUGUGGACUUCAUACCAGCAGAUGAGGAUAAUCGGGAAGAAAGAGUACAGCUGAUCUCAGUCACGUCGCGAGAUCAAUCAAUGGCAUAUAGAUUCGAUGGACAUCACCGGCAGGACGAGUGUGUUCUAAUAUUGGAUACCGACGACAGAGAUUUAAAAGAUUUGUAUCAGGGCGAACAGAAAGAGAUGGUCGAAUUGCCAAUGACCUCAGUUGUUCCCGGGGUGGACGAAAGCGAACAGCUUGAUACAGUGGAAGAAUGUAAGCAAAUUGAACUUAUCGACACUUUUGACCAUUCACAAAAUAUUCUGGAGUAUGGCUCAAUGGCCAUAGAUGAUGAUAUUGUGGAAGAUGAUCAUUACGAUGAAGCAUACGAACAUAUGAAAGAGACACAGGAGAUUUCAUUCGAAAUUAAUGGAAAAUCAAAUUUGUUUUUGAUAAAUACAUUCAGGUGUCAGGACUGUCAAAAACAUUUCAGAACUAAUGUGGAGUUGAAGGAACAUCAAAUCACCUGCUUGAAAAGCCUCAGCAGCUUUACACCUGAUCCAAAGCACUUGUCGGAUAAAUCAGAAAAAAUCAAAACUUUAGACAAACCACCUUCGUACGAUAGUACCGUUUUGUUAAGAUUUGAGUGCACUAUCUGUAACAAAUGGUUUUCGAACACCAGCAAAUUAAGGCGCCACUCUCGAACUCAUCUAGUGGACAAACCUCACGUGUGCAAUGUUUGCGGUAUGUCAUUUGCGGAAAGCUCCAACCUGACGAAACACCACCGCAAGCACACUGGUGAGCUGCGAAACGUGGUCGGAAAGCCGAACCUCUGCUCGGUUUGUGGCAAACGGUUCAAAUGGGCCACCUCGCUGUCGAAGCACAUGAAGCAUCACACGAAACGGAAACUGUUCACAUGUCCGUAUCCCAAUUGCGACAAGUACUACGUGGAGCAACGCUCGUUGGAUAUUCACAUUUACUCGCACGAUGGCAAAAAACCAUUCUCGUGCAGUUAUUGCAGCAAAGGCUUCACGCAGAAGUGCAAUCUGGAGAAGCACGAACGAGUGCAUACUGGUGAAAAACCAUUCAAAUGCAACGUUUGCCACAAAAGUUUUGCCCAAAGUGGAUAUCUGGUCAUACACCAACGAAUUCAUAGUCAGGAGAAACCGUACAAUUGUGAUGAGUGUGGAAAACAAUUCGCCGCAUCAAACGCCUUGACGGUGCAUCUGCGAUCGCACAGCGGAGAGCGCCCUUAUGCGUGCGACAUGUGCAGCAAGCGCUUUUCGCGCCAAGAAACGCUCACCAUCCACAAAACACGGAAGCAUUUAAACGAUGCGUCGCAUCCGUGUACGAUGUGCUCGGAUAAAUAUUCCACAACCGAACAGCUAACGGAGCACCUCAAGAGCCAACACCGUGAUCGCUGCUAUCACAUGUGUCCAACGUGUGGGAAAGUGUUCGCAUCCAUGCAGAGCUUGAAGAAUCACCAAAAAGUUCACCUAAAAGAAGGAAUUAUUUCCGAGGAUCAACCCCAACCGAUGAUCCAAUUCGUGGUGGAUCAAGAAAUCAUUACGCAAACCGUAGAUUUGACCGCCCUGGAGGAACCGCCCACGAACAACUCGACAAUGACAAUAAGCUAAAAACAAUGUCAACGUAACCCAUUGAUCGGUUUCUCUAAAAUUAAGUAUCACGACAUAAUUUUCGAUUUUAAUGUACUUUAUUCGUUUCAUUCUUUAAGUCGCCUUUCCUUAUGAUCUGAAUUCAAAAUCGUCCUCACUCCAGCCACAUUCUUUGUAAAUAAUCUGAUAAUUUCAAAUUUCGCUUCUAGUCACUAUUAGUUAAUUCUUAAGAUAAAUCUGAACUCAAUAUUUUGAAACUACCCUUUCCCAUUUUUAUAAGAACGUACAUAGAUCAAGAAAUCCUCUGCGAGUUAAACGCAAGCUUUAUGAUGUUUGUUUCUUACCAGAAAGAAAAAAUCACCCAUUCUUCAAACCAAACGAAA